AUGGUCAAGUCUGUCAAUGUUGCUAUUAUUGGUUCGGGUGUUGUUGGAUCAGCAUUUGUUAACCAAUUAAAAAACUUAAAAACUUCUAUCAACUUCAAUGUUGUCUACUUCGCUAGAUCAUCUAAAGAAGCAUUAUUCUCUUCUGAUUACAAACCAGUCGACUUGGCUUCUUACAAGAGUGCCUCUGCCCAAGCUGUUUUAUCAUUGGAUGAAUUGACAAAGUUUUUGAAAGGUGCAUCAAAACCUACAAUCUUGAUUGAUAACACUUCUAAUGGUGCUAUAGCUGAUUAUUAUCCUACGUUUGUUAAGGAAGGUAUUUCGAUCGCUACCCCAAAUAAGAAAGCAUUUUCGUCUGAUUUAUCUGUCUGGAAUGAAAUCUUCAAGAGCUCUGAAGCUCCUUCUGGUGGUUUAGUUUAUCAUGAAGCUACCGUUGGUGCUGGAUUACCGAUUAUCGGCCCAUUGAGAGACUUGAUUACUACUGGCGAUAAAGUUGAAAAAAUUGAAGGUAUCUUUUCUGGUACUUUGUCAUAUAUUUUUAACGAAUUUUCCACCACUGACCCUUCUACUAAAGUAAAGUUUUCAGAUGUAGUUAAAGUUGCCAAGGAUUUGGGAUAUACCGAGCCUGAUCCAAGAGAUGAUUUGAAUGGUUUAGAUGUUGCUAGAAAAGUAACUAUUUUAGCCAGAAUAUCGGGUUUUGAUGUUGAGUCUCCAACUUCAUUUCCUGUCGAAUCUCUUAUUCCAAAGGAGUUAGAAAGUGUUGAAAGUGCGGAUGAGUUUUUAUCAAAAUUACCAGAUUUCGAUGCUGAUAUCCAAAAGGUAAAAGAGGAAGCAUUAGCUGAAAAUAAAGUUUUGAGAUUUGUUGGUCAAGUCGAUUUCAAAGCUAACAAGGUUUCUGUAGAAAUCGGUAAAUAUGGUUUUGACCAUCCAUUUGCUUCCUUGAAAGGUAGUGACAACGUUGUAUCGAUUAAAACUGAAAGAUAUCCUAAUCCAUUAAUUAUCCAAGGUGCUGGUGCUGGCGCAGAUGUUACUGCUCACGGUGUUUUGGCCGAUGCUAUCAAGAUCGCAGAAAGAAUUGCUAUUUAA